AUGGCUUCUUCAUGUUCCCCCAACCCCAAGGGUCCUUCCUUUUCUGACUUUGGAAUCACUGAUUCUGGUGAGCUUUAUGGUAAGAACAACCCCUUUCAGAGGAGUGGACCAAAAGGUGCCGUGGAACGCAUUGCUCUAAAGAAUGACAAAUUAUACAUGCGGGUAGAUAUGCCAGGUGUCCCCAAACAAAACAUGUCCUGCUUUCUCGACCAUUUCAACAAUGUCAUUUUCACUGGCUCAGCACCCAAAGAAUGGGAGCACGAUGACCAAGUUAGAGAGUUCGGAGGUCUUUAUGGACUACGUUGUGGUUGUUGUGAGGUCGCUAAACUCCACGGCAAUAUCACCAACGGUGUACUCAGGAUGAAAAUGUCAAAGAAAAUAUUGAAGAAUGUAACUCGUUGCUCUUAUGGUCCUCCCCCAGUGGACACUCCCAUUAUUUUUUUGCAUGAAGAUAUAGCCUCACACCCAUACCAAACCAAAGGGCCCAGAGAAUCAUAUGGAGCUAAAGAGGUGAAGGAUGGUUUUUAUGUGUGGGUGGACAUGCCUGGAGUCACCAAGGAUAAGGUGAGUGUUGGCGUGGAAAAUGGUUGGGUUUUGUUCUCUGGUAUAGCUGGGAAGGAGUCUGUUCACGAGGAGAGUGGCAGGACCUAUCAAGGUAGCUUUGGACCCUUUGAUGUGAACAAGAUUGGGAAGAUCAAGACUGAGGUGAAAAAUGGUGUUUUGAGGAUGAUGAUUCCAGAAAUAGGCCCAGAGUGAUCAAUUUUACGUGGGUUUCACUUUCAUUUAGGACUUAUGUUUAUGACUUUCUUUCUGUCUUCUUUCUGUUUAGGCCUUUAGGGAUAUGUUAGUAAUACUGAA